CGCCAACUCUCAAAAAUCCACCAUGGACUACCAGUGUCUGGCACCUCUACAUAGUGCCCCAUGGAUGGAAUCUCUACCGAGGGCACCACAUUGAAGAUUUCUGCAAGUGGUGAACACCGCAGCACCGUCAUCUUCUUGCAUGGUCUUGGACAAUCCAACUCAUCUUGGGCACAGACCUUCUUGAGGGGCUUUGCGCCUCAACUGCCUCAUACUACGUGGUUGCUUCCUCAAGCAUCCUCCAAGCCCGUCAGUCUCAAUAAGGGCCGCAGGCGGCCAUCCUGGUUUGACAUUACCACAUUACCCCCUGCGAACGAUGACUAUGAUGAAGAAGGUGUGACGGACGCCGUAUGUAUACUUGAGGACAUCAUUCUGGGUCAGGUUCACGCAGGAAUUGACUCGAGGAAUGUUGUCUUGGCCGGCUUCAGUCAAGGUGCCGCGACGUGUUUGAUUACUGGACUCUCCAGCUUACACGAACUCGGGGGUAUAGUGAGCCUGUCGGGUUGGAUACCACUUCCUGCACGAGAGCACAUCUUGCUCAUUGAAGGGAACAUGCCAAUUUUGUGGUGUCAUGGCGAACUUGACAUUGAAGUGCCUGUUGCGUAUGGACAUGAUGCGAUGACGUUCCUGCGGGAGGACCUACAAAUACCCGAAGGGCAGCUACAACUCAAGCUUUAUGAGGGCCUGGAGCAUACUAUAAAUGACAAGGAAAUGGGUGAUUUUCUUCGCUGGCUUCGAGAGACUUUGCGCUGAGGGACGCUUCGGACAAGAUGUCGUAAACCACAUUCGCUGUGAGAUUACUAUAUUUGUGGACUAUAUUUUGGAUAUUUACG